UUUCUACUUUCUUGGAAAUGUUGCUAACUUCGCAAUAGUUUUUAAUACUUGCUCGCUCUUGUCGUUUGCCAAAAUUAAAAAAUCCGUUAAUGUUUUUCUAUAAUUAUUAUGAAAAUUAAUGAUUAGUGAAGUCCAGUUUUUAACAUGUAAAGGAAAUCAUAAAAUAUCAAUUGAAAGGGUAAAAUAGAAUUAAGGCUAUACUGUUAUAUUUGUAUUGCAUUAAUGGGAUAUCCAGAUCCUUCACAGAUACACCGAACGGAAAGAUCAGGUUCUCGAAAUUAUUAUGACCCAAGUCUUAAGAUCAUGAUCAUAAGUGAUCUGUGAAGUUUUACCAAUAUUCUUUCGUAAUUCGUACACACCACUAUCUAUUUAUAUAUGUGGAAAAUGAUGGACAUUUUAAACACUCAUCUUCAGUCAAAUACUUCCAAAGACAAGUCCUAUAUAUCGAUAAAAUCUCCGAUAAACAUACCACUUUCUCCAAGUUUUCAUCAAUCCUUAGAAAUAUCUGAUGGUAGAGAAUCAUUAGGCAUAUUGCCACCAAAUUUUGAUUCAGAAGCUAAUUUCUUUAAUUUUACUGAUAGAGAUUCGUUAAAUUUUAAAAAUAUUUUGUUAGAAGACUCAGAUCCUGGUAGAGAAUCUCUAGGUAUUUUACAAAUAAAUGACUUGAAUGUAAAUUUUGGAAAUGACACAGACACAAUGCCAGAUAUUAAGUUAUCAUUUAUUGAUAAAGUUAAUCAGACUCAUCAGAUUUUAGAUACAGGUUUUCUUAUUACUAGUCCAUCAAAAUUCUUAAUAUCCGCUACAUCACCUAAUUCAGUAUUAUCAUUUAACAGUAACAGUUUAGAAUUUCCAUCGAAAAUUUUUACAUUAACCAGAACUGAUUUUAGUAGUUCACUUUUUUCCCCCAGUAAAUCACUUUUCAAUAAUGCCCAUAUUAUAAAUUCUUGUGAUGUAGAACAACGUAACAGAAUUAACUCUCAACCUCUGCCAACUAAAACGACACAGGCAGAAGUUGCAUUCUGGAGCACAAGGAGACCUAACUACAAAAAGGAUUCAGAUAUAUUAUGUUAUGAACAAUUGAAGUUUGAUGAUGACAAAGAUGAUAUGUUUCAAGACUCUGUAUUUAUUGAGGGAAAUCAUAUUGCACAGAAAUUAGCUGAUGGCUCAUUUUUAAAUGAACAUUAUGAAUAUGGUCCCCUUGAUUCUACUCCACAACCUGAAUGGCCAACUGACAUGGAUGACAGUGAAUCAAAGAAAGAAGAAAAUGAUCAUAAAGUUGAUACAGGAACCGUUUUUAAAACAAUUGACAAACUAGUUCCGAGCGUGUCACAAUCAAAAUCUGAACCUAAUACAAAGAACUCUACUUCUUCCAGUUCAUCUACUAGAUCAAGAGAGGCUAAGGAGAUGUUACAAAACUUAUCUGACAUUUUUAAUACUACACAUAAAAGUGACAAAAUGAAAUUAGAAGGAAGAAAAUUGUUGAGCAGCUUAGCAGAAAUGCUUAAUAACACUCAGUCUAGCAAAGAUGAAGAAGAUUCAGGACAUUCGUCAAUCAUUGAUAAUGAUUCAGACAAAGAUAAGCCUGAUGUGUCAGAUGGAAUAAAACCAAAUCAAAUCUCAGAACAUACUCAAACAGUAGAAUCAACUAUAAAACCAGAAGCAGCGAAAACCACAUCACAACUAUCUCAGUCUUCAACCCUUGAUAAAAAAGAACAAAACUUAGAAAGAAGAAAUUCUUCCACGUCUUGUGUUAAUCUUACUACUACUAACAAAUCUAGAACCAACAGUAAUUCUUCUGUGAAGAGUGCACUCAGUAUUGGACCAUCUCUUGGAACAAAAUUUAAACCAAAAGUUGGAAAUCCUGGACUGAAGACAGGACCUCUAAGAGCUGUGAUUCCAGUAAAAGAUAUGAAAAAAGGUACUUCAACACCAGACCGAAUUGAGCAAAAAACUGUACAAAUCCAAUCAAAAAGAACUAGCACUCCUAUUCAUGAACCCCGUAUAAAACCUAUGGCUUCUUCAACACCUACAUUAGGAAAUGCUGAUAGUAACAGUUCGCCUAAAUGGAUGGCAAACAAACCUACACUUAACAGGUCGAAUUCUUUAAAUGACAAAUUAAUUAAAAAUGGUAAGGAUUCAUCUGGUACUCCAAACACCUCAAAACUGAGAAGACCAAGUUUCAGUUCAUCUCCUGUAUCAUCUAAAGAGAAAACAACCACAAGUUCAUCGGUGUCAUCUAGAUUCCAAGAACAAUACAAAAUAACCAGGCGAAACAGUAUUACUGAGGGACUAGCUCCACAAUUCAGCCAAAAACGCAGGAAUUCUUUGGGAAAGGAAACGGGCAUAAUGUCAUCUCUCCGUAAAGUUAGAGAAAAUUUGCUCAAAUCACCCUAUUAUGAUCAGAAAACUGGCAUUUUGGUAGAUGGAAAUAAUAAAAUAGAGACUGAUGUUGAAAAGAAAGUUACUUUUAAGAAAUCUUUAAACAAUUCAGGCGAAGAGCAAUAAUCAAGCUAGUAGAUCACUUUAAACCUUGAACCGUUAUGUGAAAUUGAAGAAAAGCAACAAAGAGAAUGCUCUGUGAAUAGGUUUUUAAAAAUAUUUGUGAUACGCCUGCUGCAGGCAGUUAAAAUGGGUUGUGUUUUAGUUAAAUAUUUAUUUUUGUGAAUUUGAUGUUUAUUACUAUGCAAUGUUUGAUUUUUAUAUUGUAUUAAAAUUGUAUUUUUAUAA